AUGAAAAAGUAUAAGCCAGUGGAGUUAUAUCCAUAUUAUUGCACCUGCCGAUAUCUGGGCAUCUUUUGCAUCGAGUACGAUUAUCAUAUGGGUCGAUUUCGAUUGCGUCGCAGUAUCAUUUUCUAUUUGAUCCAUCUGAUAGUGCAGAUGUAUUUGAUCAGCUGCAUGGUGAUUCUGGUGUGCUUUUGGACCUUUCACUUCACUGACGAAAUGACCGCAACAGGGAAUCACUAUGAGCGCCUAGUGCUUCUCUUGGCCAUGAUCAUACAAUUCGUGCAGAAUACUUGGCUAUUCUUGCUGCAGAAGCUGCAAAUUCAUGUCGUGCGACAAGUGGAGCUAUAUAAGAGGAAAUAUUUGACGGGUCUACGACUGCAGCUGCCACAGCGUUUGUUUCUCGUUCUGGUCUUUGCCAAUAUCAUCUACUUUAGCAACUUUCUGAAUGUCUGCAUUAGCGACUGGCUCACCCACAUAUCCAUUAUGUUUCGAAUUAGCACAAUUGGCUUUUUCUGGCGCGCCAUGACGAGCAGCUUCAUUCAGGGCACCUACAUAUCUCUCAUUCAUGUCAUACGGCAUUUGCUGAAGAGCAAUCAGGCGCAGUUAACCGUUUUGGUCCAUCAGCUGCAGCAGCCCAAGCGCAGCUGCGGCGAUAUUCUGCGCCUGCGCGCCUGCCUCGAUAUGCAUGACCGUCUGCUCAUCCUCUGCACGGAUGAGGUCAGUGUCGUCUAUGGCUUCAGCAUUUGGCUCUGCAUGCUCUUUUCCUCAUUGGACUCCACUAAUAUAUUAUAUAUCACAAUGCUCACCGACACGGGCAAAUCACUGUAUGAAAAUAUAUUAAGGUCAGUUAUUUGGCUCUCGCCCACAAUUAUGACCGCGGCAACAGCCCUAAUGAGCGAUACGGUUCACGUGCAGGUAAAUUAA